AUGUGACUGCGCGUCCCCGCGGAGAAAGGGGGAGGAGCUUGUGUCUCAGCGAGGCUCCUCGUAGCAGCGUGGCACUGCCUUUGACGAAGAGCAGCCGGGAGUGGCGUGUUGUGUUAGCGGAGGAAAGCGAGACAUUUACACCGUGAGAACUCGUAUGCGAAGCGUGUGAGGAUUGACGGAUCCGUAUCAUUAAACAACAGCAGGGGUUUUUUUUUGGUUCUUUUCUCUUCGGGCCCGGAGACAGCCCGACCCCCCGAUAGAGAGACUCAACUCCGGUCCUUUCGUCCUGACAUGGACACAGGAGUCGUACCAGAAAAGAAAAGGGUGAGCUCGGAGCGGAGGAAGGAGAAGUCGAGGGAUGCUGCGCGAUCCCGGCGUGGGAAGGAGUCUGAGGUGUUCUACGAGCUGGCACAGGAGCUGCCCCUGCCCCACAGCGUCAGCUCCAGCCUGGACAAGGCCUCGAUAAUGAGGCUCAUCAUCAGCUACCUGCGCAUGAGAAAACUGCUCAGCACUGAUGAGUCAAUGACAGAGGAGGAAACAGAGCUUGAAUCACAGCUAAAAAGCUCCUACCUAAAGACUUUGGAUGGCUUUCUUUUGGUCCUGUCGGAAGAUGGAGAUAUGAUCUAUCUCUCCGAGAAUGUCAACAAAUGCCUCGGGCUGGCACAGUUUGACCUGACUGGACAAAGUGUGUUUGACUACAUACAUCCUUGUGACCUGGAAGAGCUGAGGGAGAUGCUGAUCCACAAAACAGGAUCCAAAAAGACCAAGGAACCAAACACAGAGCGCAGCUUCUUCCUCCGAAUGAAAUGCACUCUCACCAGCAGGGGCCGCACGGUCAAUGUCAAAUCAGCUACAUGGAAGGUGCUCCACUGCUCAGGUCAUGUCCGUAUAUACGACAUCCACACCGAGGAGGAGACUCCCAACGGGCACAAGGAGCCACCUGUGCCCUACCUGGUUUUGAUCUGUGACCCAAUCCAACAUCCUUCCAACAUUGAGGUCCCUCUUGACACCAAGACUUUUCUCAGCCGCCAUACGAUGGACAUGAAGUUCACGUAUUGUGACGAAAGGAUUACUGAGCUCAUGGGUUAUGAUCCAGAUGACCUGUUGAAUCGUUCUGUGUACGAGUACUAUCAUGCUCUGGACUCAGACCAUCUUACCAAGACUCACCACAACUUGUUUGCAAAGGGCCAAGUGAGCACAGGCCAGUACCGGAUGUUGGCCAAGAGAGGAGGCUUUGUGUGGGUGGAAACACAAGCCACUGUCAUCUACAGCAACAAGAACUCCCAGCCACAGUGUGUUGUCUGUGUCAACUUUGUGCUCAGUGGCAUCCAGGAGGAGAAACUGAUAUUGUCCCUGGAGCAGAUCGAGGAUGUGAAGCCACUGAAGGAGGAGAAGCAGGAGGAAGAAAAGGUUGUGGUUGAGAGCAGCCAGCCCGACGUGUCUCAGACCGUAAUUGAUGAGAAGAAGAGCCCAGAGCUGGAUGUGAUCAAACUGUUCACUCAGGCAGUAGAGGCCAAGCCUCCGGCUAGCCUGUAUGACCAGCUGAAGGCACAGCCCGAGGCCCUCACACUGCUUGCCCCAGCGGCUGGAGACGCAAUCAUCUCCCUGGACUUCAGCUGCCCUGAUUCAGAGAUCCAGCUGCUGAAGGAGGUCCCUCUAUACAAUGAUGUAAUGCUUCCCUCCACCAGCGACAAGCUGGCUCUGCCUCUUUCCCCUCUGCCGCUCAGCGAGCCUCUCCGUGUCACCACCACCAGCUCUGAGGAUGCCAAAGCUAAGAGCUAUGAUCCAGCCGGGUCCACCUCACCGACCAGCCACAGCUCCUCAGAGGCUGACAGUCCGCUGGACUUUUGUUUUCCCAUGGACUCAGAGAUGAGCUCAGAUUUUAAACUAGACUUGGUGGAGAAGCUGUUUGCCAUUGAUACAGAGCCCAAGGCCCCCUUCACCAAACAGGCAAUGGAAGACUUAGAUCUGGAAAUGUUAGCUCCCUACAUCCCCAUGGAUGAUGACUUCCAGCUGCGCAGUCUGACCCCAGAAGAAUCUCUAACUUGUGGACCAGUCAAAUCCCCUCAGAGUUCUCCAAUCCAUGUGACACAGGACAGUCACAGCUAUCCCAGCUCCCCAUUCAGUGCACCAGUUAGUCGCACAGCUUCCCCAGCACCACUUACCACCCCUCAUCUUGCCACCAUCAUUGCUAAGAGUACUCCACAGCUGGACAAAGAAGUCUCGCUCAGGACCCUGGCAGCUCAGAAUUCACAGCGCAAAAGAAAGCUUGGUGACAUAAAAGACCUUAUUGGACAGGAAACUUUGCCCCAGGAACAAGUGAAGCAGGGCAAAAAGCUGAAGGCCUCAGAGUCAGGAACCACCAGGACCAUAUUUCUGCUGCCUUCAGAUCUGGCGAGUCGUCUGCUGGGAAGCACUUCAGAGUGCACCGGUUCCCUUUUCGGCCUGCCACAGCUCACCCGCUACGACUGCGAGGUCAAUGCCCCCCUGCAGGGUCGUCAGUACCUGCUGCAGGGGGAGGAGCUGCUCCGCGCUCUGGACCACAUCAAUACAAUCUAAAAUGAAAGGAGUCUCUGUUCACUGCUGGACUAGACUGGACACUACAAUUUCUCCCCCAUAUUGUCACUCCCUCUCCAAGACCCCCAACCUCACCCCACUGCCCCUUAUUUAUGUAACUGUAUGAGUUAGAUUAUAGUCUGGCUGCUGUUUGUGCACCUCGUGAUAUCUGCAGCAUUCCACCGUGGCAAACACCAUAGCAGCAUCUGGGUUUUGGUGCUAGGGAUUCAGGCAUCAUGUGAUGUCCAAUUGUCGUCCCUUUUUCUUUUUUCUUUUUUUUUCCCUCUCUAUUCCGGGGAAUCUCUCAGCACAACGCCUCGACAGAUGACCCUUUUUCCAGCAGGUCACCACAGACCCUGGCUCUACUGCCAGCAGUGUAUUGUAAGCUUCAGUCGCACAAUUUAUAUUUUCUUAAAAAGAAAAAUAUUACCAGCAAUAUAUAUUAAUCCUUUUUAAAGUCGUUUUAAUGGGAUUUGAACAAUUUUAUUUUUCCUCCCAUACUUGUAUGUUGUAGUACUCGUACCUAACAAGAUGUCAUAAGUCCAAGUCGAGUAUGAACAUAUUGUUUAGACCAUAGGUGGUUCGAAUGUUAUCUCCAUUUUAAUAGCUUUCAGUCUUUGAGGUAAAUGCAUUUAAUUGUGUAGCAGUCCAGUACAUGUCACUUUAUUACUUUACUGUAAGUGUGUGUUACUGUAAGUAUACCAGGGAAAUACUCAGUGUGGCUUCACAGCUUUGACUCUUACUCUCAGAUUUCAUAGCAAGAGAGAGUAACUCCUUCACUUUUAUUGUUUGCUUCUCAUCAUGGAGGAUUGGCAUUUUUCUUGAACAUGAAAUUAAUUCAUGUUCUUUGUUUUUACUGUGUGUGACAUACUCAAAACAGUCUUUUAAAAUUAGUGCGGUAUUCAUAUUUUACUUGUGUGAUCAUUGUCAUCAUGGUAUCACUUGUGAGUUGUCAGACUUGUUUGCUCAGUUUAAUGAUAGUCAGUUAAAUACCAUUGAUCCAUGCCAUAUUGUUGGGUCUCUCAUGCUUCUUAUUGCCGUCCAACAUUAAAUGGCGUUAAUAAAGUACAUUGUUUCGAUUUCAA